CGAACACCACCUUACGCCCAACUGCAACACAACGACGCAAUCGGCGGUCUUGGCAGUGUCUUGGCAGCACCGAUUACAACGCCCGACGAACCACAUAUAAACCCUUUCGGAGCUCGGCGUCCGGCUUCGCUAUCCUUCCGUUUCUACCCACCCUCACUCACGUCACGAGCGUCCAAAAAUGCCAACGAAAGAAGUCAUCGUUUGCGAUAACGGAACUGGGUUCGUCAAAUGCGGCUACGCCGGCGAACACUUCCCCGAAGCGACGUUCCCCGCGGUCGUCGGGCGGCCCAUCCUCCGUUCUGAAGAACGCAUCGGCGAUGUCGUACUCAAAGACAUCAUGGUCGGCGACGAAGCGGCUGCGCUCCGCAGCAUGCUGCAGAUGACGUACCCGAUGGAGAACGGGAUCGUGCGCAACUGGGACGACAUGCACCACCUGUGGGACUACACGUUUCGCGAGAAGCUGAAGAUUGAGAACUUUGCGGAUCACAAGAUCUUGUUGACCGAGCCGGCCAUGAACCCGAAAAGGAAUAGGGAGCUGAUGUGUGAGGCUAUGUUUGAGCAGUAUGGGUUCAAUGGGGUGUACGUCGCGAUUCAGGCGGUUUUGACGCUAUAUGCUCAAGGACUGCAAACCGGUGCCGUCGUCGACUCUGGGGAUGGUGUCACGCACAUCGUUCCCGUAUAUGACGGUUACGCGCUUCCUCACCUCACUCGCCGUCUCGACGUCGCGGGACGGGAUAUCACCCGGUACCUCAUCAAACUGUUACUCCUGCGCGGUUACGCCUUCAACAGGACAGCAGAUUUCGAGACGGUGCGCGAGCUGAAGGAGAAAGUGUGCUACAUUGGAUACGACCUGGAUCUGGAGCAAAAGCUAGCCAACGAGACGACGGUGCUCAUGGAGGAGUACACCCUGCCUGACGGACGCGUAAUCAAGGUCGGAUCUGAAAGGUUCCAGGCACCCGAGGCACUCUUCUCCCCACAUCUCGUCGAUGUCGAAUCGCCCGGUGUAGCUGAAUUACUCUUCAACACCAUCAACGCAGCGGAUAUGGACGUCCGCCCCGAACUCUACAAACACAUCGUCCUAUCCGGCGGAACCUCCAUGUACCCUGGCCUGCCAAGUCGUCUCGAGAAGGAGAUGAAGCAGCUUUACCUCGAACGCGUAUUGAAGGGUGACACCUCCCGGUUGAGCAAAUUCAAAAUCCAAGUCGAAGACCCCCCAAGACGUAAACACGCCGUCUUCUUGGGAGGUUCCGUCUUGGGAGACAUCAUGAAGAACAGGGAAUCCUUCUGGGUGACAAAGGCGGAAUGGGACGAGCAGGGUGUCCGGUCGUUGGCCAAACUGGGACCUCGAGGAUCCGCUUGAUGAUUCUCGCAAAAACACGUGUGUAUAUAGAGACUAGCAAUUUGAAGAGAUUUGGCAUCUGAAGCGACCUAGUCUGUGGUUGCUACAUGUACAGCUGCCGUUCGGGAGCAAUGAGAGAAG